AUGGCCGCCACCAGGUACCGUCGCUUUCUCAAGUUGUGUGAAGAAUGGCCGAGGGACGAGUCGAAAAAAGGUCGAGAUUUGGGGACGUUUUUACGGCAAAAGGUGGCAAGUGCGUUCAGAGAAGGUGAAAACACACAGAUCUCUGACCCAGAAAAAUGUGAUCAAAUGUAUGACAGUCUGGUGCACAUCAACAGCAACGUUUACAAAGAAAAGUUUCCUCGAGCAAAAGACACAAGUUUUACUGGUGUGACGGUGGAAGAGUGUCGGAUGUUAUUAGGAACAGGAAAUAUGCAACAGAUGGAUGAGGAAAAGAAAGGAUUGUGGAAAACACUAAUGCAGAGAUUCUCCUCUAAACCAGAAGAUGCAUCUGUGGAAAAACCAGAAAAGUAGACAUUUUGUACUAGCUUCACCGGAGCACAACUUUGUUUCUGUUAUAAAACUUACUCCCUUAUUAUUAAUAUAUUUGAAUUUGCAUUUUCAUUCUUAUAUGCUGUAUGUUUUAUUCAUAUAAUGAAUGACCAUUCAUAUUAUUUCAUAAUUAUUGACAUUAACUUAUGUCCUUAACUUGUAAACAAUUAAAGAUGCAUUGUAUUCAGUA